CUGCGCAUGCUCAAACACAGUUAAUCUCUGUUUAGUGUAUUCUCCGACAGCACCUUAAAGCCUCAAGAGUCACGUGAACAUCACGUGAGAGACAGAAAUGCAGCUGAGAAGCCGCUUCUUAAAGAACAGAGGAAAACAACAAUAAUGACGGCCUCUCUGACUGCAGGUCUGGACAGGAUCCAGGAUCAGAUCGGCUACCUGGUGAUCAGCGAGGAGGGGGUGCUGGCCUCAGCAGGUGAGCUGGAGAACGAUGAGGUCACAGCAGGUGUGAUGAUGCAGAUGGUCCGGACGGCGAGUCGCUUCAGGUUAUCAGGAGCAGCCGAGCCUCCAUUCAAACGCAUGUCAGUGAUCCUGGAGGACUUUGUUUACAUGGUGACUGUCUCCGGGCAGAAAGUCUUCGUGGUCAAACGGCAGAACAACCAGCAGGAGCCAAUCAGCGUGUAGAGAUCAGACAGGAAGUGAAGCUGCAGUCGUCGUCAGCUCCUCAGUGUGUGCUAAUAAAGUUGUUUAUGUUUGUAUUUAAAUAAAAGGUGUUGUGUUUACAUUC